UUGAAACCUCUGUGCGAUGGUGCAUGCGGUGAAUCUCACCGCCGAGGCCCAGAGCGGGCGAGGCACGCUUAUCCCCUCCUUCUCUACAUCUUAUCCAUUCCUCUCCUCCCCAUUCUCUCUCAUAGCACUCUCAGAUCUAACCCUCAGCGACAGCCGUCAGAAACUUGCCAUGGAAGCUACGAAGACCGCCGCCGACUGACUCUUCCCCACGAUCCACGCUUUUUUCUGCCGACCCGCCUAGCAGUUCUUGUACCACCGGUCACAAUCAUCUUCCUCAGGUCCGGACAAUGGCUUGUGUUCCAAUUUCGUCUAAGAUCCUGCUUGAUGCUAUGUUAGAGAAGGUUGGCCUUCCAGAGGCCACCUACUCAGCAAGCCCAAAAGAUGAUAGCCGUCUGCAAGUCACCGUUACCUUCUAUCCAAUCAAGAUCAGGCUCAAGGGUUCACCUGUCAAGGUUUCCCUUUCUACCUCGGACCACCAAGAUCUGGAGGAAGCUCAAGAUUAUGUAGCUGCUGUAGCAAUUAAGUACAUGGAUGCUUAUGAGGGCGUGGUUCCAAAAGACUACAUCUAUGAUCAACUGAAGGCUGUGGAAAAAACAAAUGCACUAUUGUAUGAGCAUCUCAAGGCAAUGAAGAGGGACAACACAUGUCUGAGACAGAAGCUAAAAGAGAGCAUUGGCAAAAACAAACUCCUGAGCAAAGGAUGGGAUGGAUCCCUGGACACAGAACAGAGCGUCGUCAACAAUCUUAAGCAUUUGGUCAGCAGCAGGAUGAGUCCAGGAUCUGCUCCAUAUGACCUAGAGCUUAACAAUGUUCUUCUCAAUGUAGAGGCCAACGGUGAAUAUCUUCAGCAGUACACCGAUGAGGCAAUGGUUAACCUUCAAGAGACUGGCGUUUAUCCGUAUGGUCAGGAACAACCAACAGAUGAAGAUGGAGGUCUGUCAACCCAAAGCGAUGGAAAUCCACCGUCACACCCAGAAUUAAGGACCUCAUUUUAUGAUGAGGAGAUCUUUGAUAACAAAGGGUGCUGCUCUAAUGACUUUCGUGCCCUGCCUGAAGAUCGCUUCUAAUCUCAUAAGGACCAUCAGAUCGGCAUCAUCAUCGUUAGAGCUAGUCGUUGUUUCCUACUAAUAUAAUUAUCUAUAGCCCUAUGUCGUGUGUGUCCUAUCGAACCAUGCUACAAUCAGUGCGUCCGAAUCUAUCUAUUUGGUUGUGAUUGUUUGUAUGUAAGUGUGCACCUGAUAAUGUAAUCUACCGUAUCGAACCAUAUCCUAUCGAACCAUGCUACUCUCAGUUAUGCAGCAUAUGCUACCAAAGCUUCGUGCUUUGUCUGUUUGUUUU